AAAGAGAAAAAUACAAAGAGAAGAGAAAAUGAGGAUAGAAAUAGCAGAAGCUUGGGAUAGUCUUUUACUUGCUCAAGUAAUAAGGGGCUCCGUGUUAAUAACCCAAUCAAUUCUUAGAAAAUAUAUUAUAUUACCUUCACUGAUAAUAGUUAAAAACAUUGCCCGUAUGUUAUUAUUUCAAUUUCCUGAGUGGUCUGAGGAUUUAACGGAUUGGAAUCGAGAAAUGCAUGUUAAAUGCACUUAUAAUGGUGUUCAAUUAUCCGAAACAGAAUUUCCAAAAAACUGGUUAACAGACGGUAUUCAGAUAAAGAUCCUAUUUCCUUUUUGCCUGAAACCUUGGCACAGAUUUAAACUACAACCCUCUCAUAAAGAUCCAAUGAAAAAAAAGAAAGGUCAAAAGAAUGAUUUUUGCUUUUUAACAGUUUGGGGAAUGGAAACUGAACUCCCUUUCGGCUCUCCUCGAAAACGGCGUUCGUUUUUUGAGCCUAUUUUUAAAGAACUAAAAAAAAAAAGAAAAAAAUGGAAAACGAAAUGUUUUAUAGCUUUAACAAUUUUAAAAGAAAAAACGAAAUUGUUUCGAAAAGCUUCAAAAGAAACAAAAAAAUGGAUCACUCAAAGCAUUCUAUUUCUAAAGGGACUAAUAAAAGAACUUUCAAAAAUAAAUCCAAUUCCAUUUUUUGGGUUGAGAGAACCAUAUGAAUUGGGCGAAACUAAAAAGGAUUCGAUAAUCAGUAAUAAGAUGAUUCACAAAUCAUCCCUUCAAAUUCAAUCUAUGGCGUGGACAAAUUAUUCAUUAACAGAAAAAAAAAUAAAAGAUCUGACUAAGAGAACAAACACAAUCAAAAAUCAAAUACAAAAAAUUCUAAUUAUAAAAGAGAAGAAAAACGAAUUUCUAACUCAAGAAAUAAAUAGUAGUUCUAACAAAAUAAGUUAUCAGGAUAAAAUAGUAGAAUCAGCAAAAAAAUUUUGGCAAAUAGUAAAAAGAAGAAAUAUUCGAUUAAUCCGGAAAUUCUAUUUUUUAUAAAAUUUUUCAUUGAAA